AUGGGAAUAGGUCAUUUGAUUAAGAAUUUUGAUCAGCCGGAACUCGUCGUGGCAAAUUUAACAGAUAACAUAUUGUUUGCAAUGAUAUUGGGAAAGAUGUUCAUAUGCAGACGCAGCUGCGAGACAAUGAUCAAGUUUCUGAAAAGCAUCGAAAUUGAUUUCACGACAAAGAUGUACGACAAUGUUCAGGAGAAGAUGGUGUAUCUAUAUUAUAACAAAAUCGCACUGUUUUUUGUGAAAAUGUCGACAUUUUUGGCAGGAUUAGCGGCCACGUUGUAUUACUUUAGGACAUUUUUCGAAAAUUGGAGCGCGAUGAUGUCCGGUAAUUUUUCGUAUAAAUUACCGUAUCCGGUUCAUCCCUUCUUUGAGAUCAAGGACACUUCUACGUACAUAUGCAUUUGCGUCUAUCUGGCGUUAGCUGUAGCGAUUAUAAUAUGCGGUUAUGCUGGACCAGAUGCUUUCGUACUCAGCAUGGCUCUUCAUAUUUGCGGUCAGUUUGCCGUUUUAUCAUGCAAAGUCAAUCAUUUGUUAAAAGAUCAUGAGAAUUAUCACCGCAAUAUCAGUAACAUCGUAUUGAGGCAUUAUCACCUAAUAAGAUUAGCAGAGACCUUAGAAAACAAUUUUAAUAUAAUAUGCCUGCAGCAAACUCUAGGCACUGUAUUGUUGCUCUGUUUCACAUUAUAUCAUAUGCUUGCGACUUCGGGAUAUGGUGAUAAUACUACUGUUCUUGCUUUUGCAUUAUAUAUGUGUUGCGUAUUUAGUACAAUUCUUGCUUACUGCUAUAUAGGGGAGUGCCUUAUCACUGAGAGCACUGCAUUACGUGAAGCAUUUUACAAUUCCGAUUGGUACAAUAAUCCGCCAUCAACAUCAAAACUAAUCAACAUUUGUAUGGUUCGAUCUGAAAGACCAUUAAUGUUGACUGCUGGUAAAUUCUGCGGAUUAUCAUUGAAUACUUUUACGAGUAUCGUGAAAACAUCGAUGGCGUAUCUGUCUGUGUUACGCAAGUUCAUGUAA